GACUGAGAAACGACUCGUCCUCCUCAAGGACUCCUGGCACGAAGAAGGGGAUGAUUGUGAAGCUGAGAUCUACGACGAGCUCAAACAAAAUAACGUGCCUUUCCUUCCGAACGUCCUUCUCUCGAGAUGUUAAGAUCAUGGAUCAAGUACAAUACACAAAGUCUCAUGAAUAUUCUCGCCCUUCAGACUAUCCUGCGUGGCGUCUACCCUGCGAGGCCAUGCCCAAACUUGUUCAUCAUCGGCUCGUUCAGGAGCUUGUGUACCCGCUUGCAUCGGUUGUAUCCUCGAAGGAAAACCUUCAAGCUAUCCGCGAUGCAGUAGAAACGAUUAAAGUCGCACGUAAAGUCGGUAGAUCAUUACAUCGUGACAUCAGCACUGGAAAUAUUAUGAUCGGAAAGAAUGGUCGAGGGAUCCUCAAUGAUUGGGACCAAGCCAUCAAGCUUCUCAGCAGCAACGCACAUACGUACCGUACCGGCACUUGGGCGUUUAUCUCUGUCCACCUUCUUCGGAAUCCGAGGAAGCCACACGAUGUUUACGAUGACUUAGAGUCGGCCUUCUGGGUUUUGCUGUCCAUUUCUCUUGAAUACUUCCCACACCACCAGCUGCGAGGAAGGCCCCUUUCGCACGAUAUUUUCCACGAGAUACGUGACGUGAAUGAUCAAAUUUAUAGCGGUUGCCAUAAGGGACUUGGUCGUAUAUUCCGAACGUAUGUCUGCUUGGAUCUUGCUGAUGAAGGGCAGAUGGUUGGUGACGUUGACGGUGGUGUUGACAAUAUCAUCGACCUCUUCGAUAGCGCUCUUUCCUCUGAUGGUUGGGUCGAGGACGAUGUCGUUCAAGAGAUCGACCCAAAGAGACAACAACUCGAGGCCAGGGCCAUCAUCAAAACUGUUCGUCGCCCAUCGACAGUUGAGUAUGGCAACAAUUCCACAGAUACCAAGACCGCCCUGUCAACAAAUUAUCCUCGUUCCCAAUCUCUCGGAAAGGAUGUUAUUCAACAAAGAAAUCCCGCACCAGAGGCCGGACAUUCCCAGGCGCUAGCGAGCUCUCGUAGUUCACAGAAAAGAACCGCAGACGAUAUGCCACCUGAGCCACUCAUUCGCUCGAAGCGGCGGAAGAUGUCCACGACCCGCAGACCAAAAGCCCGGCCGCCAGCCCUUCCAGUGGUCCAACAUCGAUACCCCACACGUUCGAAAUUGAAUGCCUCGGACCACAGAAACAACUUCGUUGUGGAAAGGAACACUGAACUAGCACGAAUUCGCCAGACCAACAAGCCUACAUAUGGCGACUCGAAGCUGUCUCAACCUAAGUUCCAGGGGCCCGGAGCUUUCUCAUUCGUUCUUGAUAGAUAGACCCAAACUGGCGCUUUUGUUGGUAUUGCACAUGGUUUAAAGACACCCAAUAUGCCUGAUAUCCGAAUCUUUAGUGUAACGAUCGAAGGACGCAGAGUACAUGGGUAGAUGAAUAUAAAAAGUCGUAUCAUCGAAACCACAGACUUGAUACUGC